AUGGAGGAUUCUAUUGAUCCUUCUGCUGAGCUUAUUAACGAACUGCGGGCCCUCGUAGUUGGUGGUUGCGCCAUAGUUCCUUUUGAUGAGAGGAAGGUGCGUGCUGUUGUGGACAGUGUGUCUGACUCAUUCCGUAAUCUUCAAUCCAUAUCGCGUAAUCCGUACGCUGACCCAUCGCAGCCGUUCUAUGCGAGCUCCAUGAAGUACUACAAAGCCAAGUACUUGAGAGACAAAAGGUGCCUCUUGGCCUACCUAAUGUGGAGGCAAUCACAGAUGACAAAAUCCUGGUGGGAAGCAAAAGACAAUGCAUUAUCAGAGGUAUUGGCGCCGUGUGAAUUAUCCUUCCUAGAGGAAUACAAUAACAUUAUGGUUGAAUACAUGACGGCGUUUGCUGUUCCUUUGGACCUUAGAGCAUUCACUUGGCGGCCGCCCUCAACUCAGCAGUUGGAGGUUCGAGGUCUGGUGAAUCAUGUAUUUGUCUCCCCAAUCACCGGAGCUGUGAUUAACCUCUACAAGGGAAAGCAAAUUCUUCUUGGGUUUGAAGAGGCAGAGUCACUCAUUCAACAGGGUGUAGUGGAGCUGGUUGAAUAG